AUGCCGGGGUUUGCGGACUCAUUCUGGUCUAAUGACUAUGCUGGGGGGCUGGGUGUCUUGUUUGGCAAGCUCCAGCAAGGCGUCAUGGAGGACCGACAGAUUUUGACUCUUGCGCGACUGCGAGCCGAAGCUGAAGACGUCUACGGCCAGCGCCUCGCUGACAUUGCCCCCGCCGUUGACCGGGUCUCUGGUGGCUUCUCUCGAGAUGAUGGCGCUACUGUUCGCAAGGCCUAUGAUGGCAUGCGAACCGAGAUGCAAGAUGCUGCGAAAAGCCACCAACGCAUUGCGCAAAAUAUCCGCGACCUCGUUGUUAAUCCCUUCGCUCGUUGGUGCGAUGCUCACGAAGCUCGUAUCCAGGAUUCGCAGGACGAUUUGCAAGCGCGGACCAAAGCGCACGACCGACAGGCCGAAACCGUCAAAAAACUGCGCUCCAACUACUUCAAUAAAUGUCGUCUGGUCGAAGAUCUCGAGGAAGAGAACAAACUUGCUUUCCAGGAACCUGAGUUGAGCCCUAAGAAUGGCACCCAGAUCCCGGAAAUCAAGGUCCAGCCUCAUAAAGAGGAGGAGAGUCGUGAGGACGAGGAGGUCUUCGAGAUCGGCGAUGAAAUCUAUCAACCUGAUCAACUUAGAAAGAUCAUCUCUCAUAUGCUCUCGAAUAUCAAGAUUGGAGAGACCAAGGUGCCAAUUCUCGGUACAUAUCUCAAUACUUCAGCUGGCUCUGAUAUUGUUGAGUACCUUCAACGAACGAUGGCUAUCAGCAGCAUUAGCUAUGCCGAGCGCAUCGGCCAAGACCUCAUCUCCAACGGCCUCCUUCGUCUGAUUGGAAACGUCGGAAGCACCUUUGCCAACAGUUCUAAAAUGUUUUAUCAAUGGCGUCCAAAGUCAUUCCGUUUGGCUGGCAUCCCCGAGAAGAAGCAAUCACUCAACCGUACAUUUUCUCUACCCAUUUCGGAGUCAAGCGACUCUCCAGUUGUAGGAACUGUCAGUGAAUAUCUGGCCAACUGGAAUGUUCUCAACAAUUCUCACCCCAACGAGACACCUACUCAGCGACUACAAAGAGAGGGGCGAGAAUCAGACGAGAAAUACAAGUCUGCCGUCAAGAAACUUGACCAGCUGAGAUGCGAUCUGGAGCAAGCCAUCUUCCUCCACCUCAAGUUCCUCGAGCAGUGUGAGCUGGACCGCCUCAAAGCUAUCAAGACUGUCAUUCUUGACUUCUCUGGAACUAUCAGCAACGUCAUUCCCAGCCUCCAAUCCACGGUGGAUAAGAUGAUGCUGUUUCAAGAGACGGUCCAGCCUCUCGGGGAUCUACGAUACCUCCUGGAGACAUAUCGCACUGGGGGCUUUGUCCCCCGAGUAGCCGUCUAUGAGAACUACUACAACAAAGUUGAUGACCAGAUCUUUGGUGUGGACCUUGAGGCCCGUGCCCGUGCUGAUAAAAAACGCGUUCCCGUUGUGGUUACUGCGAUCCUGACCUACCUUGACCACCACUAUCCUGAUCUUGAAGGUGACGAGGCCAGAAGAGGUGUUUGGCUUGUGGAUGUUCCCCUGGCACAAACGCACCGCCUUCGAGCAAAAUUAAACAACGAUGGCGCUAUCUCCCAAGAGGUUUUCAGCGACUUUGACAUCCCCACGGUCGCCAGCCUGCUUAAGCUCUACCUCCUUGAACUCCCUGACUCUCUCGUAUCUACUCAUGUCUAUGAAAUCGUUCGCACCAUUUACACGACGCCUGCUGCCGAAGGCACCGAGGCGUCACGCGUUGCUGUCCUACAACAAACCCUGUCCCAACUUAGACUCUCCAACAUUGCCACUCUCGAUGCCUGCAUGAACCACUUUACUCGACUGAUUGACUUGACGUCAGCUGAUGAUGCAUACGUCGCUUCACUGGCUGCUACCUUGUCGCGCUGCAUCCUCCGCCCUCGUGCCGAGACUUCGCUCACCAUGGAAGAAAAGCAUGCCAUCAGAUUGGUCCGCGACUUGUUUGCGCACAAGGAUGCCAUCUUCAGCGAACUGAAGCGCAUGUCGACACUGAGUCAUUCGUCGUCCGUCGGAUCCAACAACCGACCGCGCGCCGUCAGCACGGACGAGAGCAACCGCAAGAACCUGGUGGAGGAACGAAACAGGGUCAUAUUGGAAAAGGCGACCGCUAUCCGCGGCCGCGCCACCAGUCCUGCCCCUGGGACAAACCGACACCGCCGCGAUCGCAGCACCGGAGGCCCGGAGACGCGCUUCCCCAUCCAGACCAGCCCGACCACUAAUGACAGACACCGGAGCAGUUUGGGCAGCGGUCUGGCCAGCGCUGUCAACCGCCUGAGCCUCGAGGUCCCCGCCGACGGGACCAUGACGCCGCCCGAAACCCUCAACGGCGCGCCCGUGGGCGAGAACACCCGUGAGUGCACCGACAGCCUCACUAAGGGCACCCCGACGAGAUUCGUCGGCGGCCGCCGGGUGCCCAACUCGCCUCCAUCUGAGGAGAUUUCGCGAGGCGUCACGCUUGAGGACAAGCCCAUGGACGACUAG